AUGGCGAAGGCCACAAACGACUGUGGUUUUAGUAUAACACAAAAUUUACUUAUUGCUCGUAAAUGCACUAGGAACUUUCCACCAAGGCCAGAAAAUCUGGAUGAACCAGAAAUAGCUGUUCCCAAAGCAAUGAGAUCAGAUGGUAAUAUUUUUGUUGGAGUUCCUUCACCCGCUCGUGGGUGGCUAACGUUGAGACUACGAAAAGCAUGGAGUGCGUACAUUGCA